AGGGCGGUGAUUGGCGGCGGGGCGGCUCCCGGACGUGAGGCGGCAGCGGGGCCAUGGAGCUCGGGGACCGCGGCGGGGCUGGGCCCGGCCCGGGGAAACCGGCGCUGGAACGGGAAGGCCUCGAGCUGCUGCAGCACACGGUGGGCGCCCUGCUGUCGAGCUACGGCUGGUACAUCCUCCUGGCCUGCGUCGCCGUCUAUCUCAUCGUCCAGAAGAUAUCCCCGCGAUGGAGGGUGGUGCCCAGCAGCCAGCGAGGAGCAGCUGGAGCAGACAUAGAGCCUGACAUGGUGGUAAGAAGACAAGAAGCUUUGCUGGCAUCUCGCCUCAGGAUGCAAGAGGAGCUGAAUGCACAAGCAGAAAGAUACAAAGAAAAACAAAGACAGCUUGAAGAACAGAAGCGAAGGCAGAAGAUAGAAAUGUGGGAAAGUAUGCAAGAAGGAAAAAGUUAUAAAGGAAACCUGAAACUGAGUCAGCAAGAAGCAGAAUCUGGUGCCUCCACCUCAUCAGCAGUCCCAAAAUCUAAACCAAACAAGAAGCCCUUGCGAGGAGGUGGCUAUAACCCCCUGACUGGAGAAGGAGGUGGAACUUGUUCCUGGAGACCAGGCCGUAGGGGCCCCUCUGCAGGUGGAUGAGGCUAACCUGCCUGGGGUCCCUUCAGCUUAACCACUGUCUGCCUGCCUACAGUUUGCCUGUCACACUGACUCCUUUGGGAUUUGUUUGAGCACAGGUGUUAACACAGAUUUACACCAUUUCUGAAUAUUAACAGCAGCUACACGAGAAAAAUAUCUGAUCCUCUUAGAGAGGAUGAAGGAAGAAAUAAUGUCAGUAUAAUUAGUCGCUUUGUUUUCUCUUUAGUGAGAAAGCAGUCUCCAGCCAGGAUGGUCAUUUGUGGUUGUGAGAGCUGGGUUCUAUGGCUGACCAUCCAGAAGUCUGGCCUCAAAUAAAUCAGUGUCUAGACCUCAGUUUAAAAUGAGGGGAUUCGCCAACCUUAGGCACGUGUAAUGGGAUUUGCUGUGUUUGGCUGGAAGAUAUAUGGGAGGGAAGAAUAUUACCAUUGGCAGACAGGUCCAAUUUUAGAAGGAGGGACUUUGAGGAAACUGACAGAUGUGUUGGGUUUGCACCAGAAGCUCCUUAUUGUGGAAGAGUCUCUGUGACAAGCAGCUUUGUAUGAUGUUUUCCUUAUAAAUGGUAAACAAACCAAUGAGGAUGACUGAUGCUAGACAGCAGAUGAGGGUUUCUUGCUCUUCUUUUUUUUUUU